AUGGACUGUUAUCCUAAGAGGGUUCAUGGAUCUGGAAUGACAUUUGUAAAGGUUUGGAAAUUGAUAAAAAGUUUCAUGUGUGGGAAAUUGGUAAUGGAAAUCCUAAAGAUUAGAAUACCUUUCAAUGGUGAAGACAAGCUAAGAUGGGAAGCAAGUAGUAAUGGCCAUUUCACAGUUAAGAGUAUUUGGAUUAAGAUUGAUGACAUAUUAUUUAAUACAAUUAGUAAUUCUGAUCUGCAUCAGUGGUAUGAGACUGCAGCUUUCUGUAUGUGGUCAAUCUGGAAAGCACGCUGUGCUAAAUCCUUUGAUAAUGUUCAACCAAAUGCCAACAAUAUUCCAAGCACAACUAUGGUGCAUAUGAAUGAUUGGAGAAGUGCUCAGUUGGCACAACCAAGUGCAGUUCAUGUUUUAACUCAACCACAGCAUUACUGGACUCCUCCAGAUAAUGACUGCAUGAAAUUAAAUUUUGAUGUUUCUUUUGUGGAUAAUAAUGCUUUCUCUAGUUGGGCUCUAAUAUCUAGAAACUCUGCAGGUGACUGCGAUGGACUGCGAGGAGGUGCAGCUCACGCAAUAGAUCCAGAACAAGCAGAGGCGCAAGCACUUUUGGAAGCAGUUCUAUGGGCAAAACAAAAGGGCUUGACAAAGUUGCAACUGGAGGGCGACUGUUUAAAUGUCAUAAGUGUUGUGAAUGGAUCUCUCACAGCUGUGAAGUGGACUACUCAUAACCUAAUAAAAGAUGCACUAGAUAUCCUUAGUUCUUUCUCUUUUUGGUCAUGCACCUAUGUGCACAGAGAUGCAAAUCAUAUAGCAGACAGCUUAGCUAAAUUUGCAAGAUCUCAAAUUAUCUGUUUUCAGUAUUACAAUGAUUUUCCUGCUUGGAUUCAAACCUUGAUUCAGCAGGAUAAAACGCUUAUUUAA